UAGGAGAAUUGAAAAUAAGUUAUUAACGGUCACAGUUAGCGAAUUGUAAUUAGUUUUAUCAGCUAAAUGAGCGUACAGUAUAUGACAGCGUGAGUGUAAAGAGUAGUAAAUGCGUUAUAAAUUGUAACCGGAGUUUACUAAUAUUGUUGAGAAUGCUGGAGCAGAUGUGUGAGGUUCUAAAUGGUUAAAAUAUCGCUGUUUUCGACACGUAAUGACGGCACCAUUUUGCUAGUUUUGUAGCUAAUAAGCUAACAGUGCAAGGAAGAGUAGCUUAGAAAGCUAGAAAGACAGCACAGUCGUCUGCUCUACAUUCGUGCGUCUUCGUGCGUUGUCCGGAAAGUGCCGAAGUUCCAGCGCCGCCAUUGGCUCUGAUGGUCAGUCUUGCCAGGAAAGGAGGGCGUGAGGUAGUUGUUGAAUGACUGGCCGGCUGUGUACGGUGUGGACGGGACAGGACUGCCUAUGGAACAUACACAAACGCACCGGCUCCUUAUAAUUUCAACAAUUUAACUCAGGACGGCCUUCGUCGCAACACCAGGGAGUGUUGUAGUGGGCGUUAGCCGGGACAAAGAGUUGUCGAGGCCGGGACGAGGUUCUCGCAGGUUGAUGGCAAAGAGCGGGGAAGACGACAAGCGUAAACACAUCUCAUCGCAGUUGGUUUGAUUACUUUUAAAGGUCGCAAUAAUUCCCGAUGUGGCUGUUAGGAUGACACAUGCUGGGCUCUGUUUAUCGACAUGCAAGCAGCUUGUCUGCCACAUGUUUUGACUGAGAGCCAAUCAAAUUGGCUAUUCAAAUCCACGCUUAUGUCAGUGACCUAUAUCUCAUGUAUGUGCGCCAAGAGCCCACAGUCUCCUCAGCGCUAGACAAGGCAGCAUGGGGACGAACGGGGUUGACAACAAGGCGCAGCCGUCUAGCAGGGUGUCCGGGACACAGCAGCCCGCCGCGGGUCCCCCUGAAGACGAGCAGAGCGAUGCUGCCCAAAAGACGGAGCCGAAUAACGACGAGCAAGCGGCGGGCAGCGAGUCUAAGGUCCCGCAGGAGGACAGCGCCGUGCAACUGAUCGAGACGGGCUGCAAGCCGAGCUCAGCCCCGGGUCUCGAAGCGGACACGGCGGUGCAGGUGGAGAGGCACGGCGGAGGAUUCGUGCCCCCCGAAGGAGGUUUUGGCUGGCUGGUGGUUUUGGCAGCAACCUGGUGCAAUGGGUCCAUCUUUGGAAUUCAGAACUCUUUUGGCAUCCUGCACAUGAUGCUGGUGAGGGAGCAUGCAGACCCGGAGGACAAGACGUCUCAGUUCAAAGUGGCCUGGGUCGGGGCGCUGGCCAUGGGGAUGAUCUUCUUCUGUUCACCUGUGGUCAGCAUGUUCACUGACCACUUUGGCUGUCGGAAAACCGCCGUCAGCGGGGCGGUGCUGGCGUUCAUUGGACUGCUGAGUACAUCUUUUGCAAACUCGCUGAGCCUCCGUUACUUCACUUACGGCGUGCUGUUUGGCUGCGGAUCCUCGUUCGCUUUCCAGCCUUCUUUGGUCAUCCUCGGCCACUACUUUCGCCAGCGCCUUGGCCUGGCCAAUGGGGUGGUGACGGCAGGCGCCAGCCUCUUCUCCAUGGGUCUCCCCGUUUUGCUCAACAAGGUGGUGGAGCCGCUGGGACUCAGCAGGACUUUCCAGAUCCUCAGCCUCUUCAUGCUCGUGCAAGCCUUGCUGGCGCUAACGUUCAAGCCAUUGCUACCUGCCGGACCUUGCAUGGGACCACCAGGUGCCACUGAGUGUCCAAUUCAGCCAGGGGCACCUGCUCAGAGCGUGAACUGGUGGAAUAAGGCCUUGGCGGGGGUCAGAAAGUACUUUAACCUGCGAGUUUUUCGCAUCGUCACUUACCGUGUGUGGGCAUUUGGAGUGGCUACAGCCGUACUGGGCUACUUUGUGCCUUAUGUCCAUCUGAUGAACUUUGUAGAGGAGCAGUUCAGGGGGACGGAGAAAGAAUGGGUCCUCCUUGUUUGCAUCGGAGCGUCAUCGGGGGUGGGACGGCUCACCUUCGGCAAGAUUGGGGACCUUAUUCCCGGCCUGAAGAAGAUCUACAUGCAGGUGGUAUCCUUCAUGGUUUUGGGCCUGAUGUCUAUGAUGAUCCCUCAGUGUGCCGUCUUUGAGGGGCUCGUGGUUGUGUGCGUUUUCCUGGGCCUGUGUGACGGAUGCUUCCUCACCAUGAUGGCUCCCAUCGCGUUCGAGCUGGUCGGGCCCAUGCGGGCCUCGCAGGCCAUAGGCUACCUGCUCGGCCUCAUGUCUCUUCCAAUGACUGCGGGCCCGCCCAUUGCUGGUCUCCUCCAUGAUUAUUUUGGCAACUACACGGUGGCCUUUUCCGUGGCCGGAGUGCCCCCCGUGAUCGGGGGCGUGGUGCUGUUCUUUGUUCCCCUCAUACACCGCCGGCUACGCCACGGCCAGACGGCGUCGCCAGAAAGAGAGACGACCACUCACAUGUUGCCCCAAGGCCAACCGGCGCCGAAGAGCUGCUCCAACGGAGACGUGCUGCCCGGCUACACUGACGUAGAGACGCACAUCUGACGGUCUCCCUUCUCUUGAUUGGAGCUGUGGGAAUGUCCUGCUGCCUGACCUUUAACCUCACCACCUCCUUGACACUUGCUGAUGUGAAGCGUUCCGGUUAGGGAGGACAAUACGAAGGCACACCACUAAACAAGAUGAUGGUUAGUCACAUAGGCGAGGCUCCGGAUGGAGAUGUAAAAUACCUCCAAGAGGAAUAAAAUGAAGGUUUUUUGACCAACAUUGGUAGUUUAGAAUUAGGAUUCGUCUCAAACCCUUAGCUUGUUUGGGGAGUCCACAUGCAUCAUUUAAGACGUGGAUUCUAGACACACAUUGUCACCUUUUCAAAUCUUACUCUGAGGACCUCCUUACUUGUCAGCGAGUGCUUGCUUUAAAUGGAGGUUGAGUACUUUUGCCUCAACUUGUGGCAGCGUUCAGUUGAAUGACAUCACCUUUUUUUUUUAAGGAAAACUGCGCUUUUUCUUUGCAAUUUUGCCCAUCAUCCACAAUCCUUACGUGAACCAUGACCACGAAUGUCUUUCCUUUUUCUGUGCGUUCGAAAGAGAGAAAACCAGUUAGCAUGAGGGAGCUAACAAUCCACCUAUUCCGACCUCUAAAAAAACCUCCAACAAGGUUUUCUGGUUUUCUGUCCAUGCCGUGAGCAAGUAGUAACAGGUACGUCCAUGGUAACGUGAAUACGUACAGCACUAGCCCAUAGAUAGGAGCUAACGCUACGUCCGUCAACAACAGCAGCGUGUCUGUUUGUUACUACUAAUCAUGGCAGACUUCUUGAGAGCCGCCGCCGGCUACUUUUGACAAAUGAGGAUCCAGAAGCUUAUCUUUUUGAGUCUGAAUGUCCGGAGGACGAGCUGCAGGUUUUAGAAGCUGAGCGAGUGAAACGCGAGAACAGACGAGGGCCGGCACGACUUGGCGGUGCAAAUGUGGAGCUUGCCGAGCCAGGCCGAAACUUUUUUCCACCUCCCCAAAAUAAACUGGAAAAGGACGCCCCCAGACAGAACUGUCCAUGGAGUACGUCACCGUGAUAUUGAUUGUGAUCGUACCAAUCGGUACAGAUUGGUGUCCUAUCGCAUCGUUUAGGAGCGGGCCUGUUACGUCCGGGCAGUGGCGUGAAGCGCUGCAUCACUACGCCAGAAAAAUAGCUCUUUGCGUUAGCUGUUACAAUAACAAUGUCGCUGUAGCUUGGUUUAUUCACAGGUCAAUUAUGUAAAUAGAGCCUUGUUGGUGUUUUUUGGAGGGUUUUUUUAGGGUCUUAUAGUCGAAAUAGGUGUGUCCCGUUACGUGCGUUGUUAGCUGCCACAAGCUAGCUGUUUUUUUAGCCAUUUUUCUAAUUUUUUUUAUUUAGUAAAAAAGUGCAGUAUUCCUUUAAGUGUGUCAUGAUGAAAUAACAAGCAUACAUGAACACUUUCACUUGUUCAAUCAACCUCGUUCACAACAUGAACACAGUCUGUAACCUUUGACAGGGAAGCUGAUUCGCCAUUUUGUCAUAUUCCUUUCUUUUUUACUGCCUUUCCACUGUGAGCCAGGGAAAUAGUGUAGAAUGUCUCAUGUCACAAGGCCAGCCUCAGCUUCACCUCACCUUCAAACGACCUCACAGCAGGAACGGCUUUACCAGACGGAUCCACGGCAACCACACGAGUGGCCGCGGACGCUUUUCAUUCCUCCGCGAAAGGAAAACGUUUAAAUACGUGGGCUUGACCGAUGACCGUUGUCAGUGACGACAGGGUAACUCGUGCGUUUCAGCAGAAGCCGUGUGACGCACAAGCCGGGUCGCUCCAAUGCGGGGUUGGGCAUCGAGUCCCAAGCAUCGAUGGGAACCGGGACUAACAUUACGUUUCUCCUGGGAUCUUUCAGAUGUUUUUAUUUCGAGUCCUAGUUUCGAUGCUCACUUCACCGACCGGAAGCGGCCAACAUGAUUUAUGUUCACACAUUUGUGGUGUCUAAACAACACAGUACCUCGUCUUUGAUGCGCUACGUCAGACUUCCUCGCAGUCCGAGAAUAAACUUCUCAUGUCGAUGUAAGCCAGGCUUUCAGGAUGCUCGCUGAUGCGGAAGUUGGGUGUAAAUAAAGGACGGGAGCUACGGCAGGCACGUUUAUUCAUUUGCACAUCACGUCUCUGUUAGCAACAGUCAAGGGACCUUCUCAACUCACACAACACACUUCCGGCCUUCACAAUAAGAGCACUUUGGGCUAUAUCCUGUUUACUUGUGUGGGCAAAAUAAGGGUAUCCCAAAAAAAUUGCUUCCAUCAACACUGAGACAAAGUAGGCUACUUUUCAAACGGAAAGAUCUUUUGUCAAAAGAAACUUCACAACAUUUAUAUUCUAAAAGUUCAGACAUUUCAUCUGAAAAGAAGUCUGGUUAGCGCCCUUAUUUAAACUACGCAAACUUUUAUGACCCCGAUUCGAAACGAGGAAUAGGAAUCGGAACCAGAAUCGUUCACAUUCAAACGAUGCCCAACCCUACUCCGGUGGCUUGUGGGGGGAGCAGGGUGCUAAGACAAUGCUGCUCAUUUUCUAGUUUAACACUGUACUUUUUUUUCUUUCGAAAAACAAAAAAGGCAUUUUGCACGAAGCUUCUUUGAGAUAUUCCCUCGAGGACACCGUUUAGUCUCGACCAAUCCUCUCCUCACAUGGUGACCUGGCUUCCUCUCAUUCCUGCCUUUAUUACAUUCUCCUCCACAUUUGUUUUAUUAGUACAAAUUUCACUGGAGGCACAGAAUGCUAGACCUGAAAUGAUAGCAUCAACAUGAUGGACUGAGGUAGCGUUACGUCUCUUUUCUAACUAAACAACAAACCACAAGACCAAACAAUCACAGCGAGCACAUGCAGUUUCCCCAGCAGUUUACAUCUCCACAGUGGAACCUCGGUUUUCGCCAAAAAUUAUUGCUGAAACUACGUCUUGGUUUUCGUACGGACAAACGGCGGGAUGGAGUGUCCUAGCAAAGCAACCACAUGUUGGUGACUCAGUCUGUGUUUGUAUUGGUAUUUAUUUAUUUCAAGAAUGGACAGUGAAUAUUCAUAAACAUUUACAUGUAAAUAUGCCAGAAUUAGCCCAAACAACAAAUGCUACCAGAACUGCAAAUUAGCAGCUAAAAACCGGUGCGGCUGGCAAACCACGACCUCCAAGUUUUGGCUAGGAGAUGGAACAAAAUGAUGAUGAGCCCAAAGGCUACUUAGCAUCUGCAGUCCCUGGUCGGGUCGAAGAGACAACGAGAAUACUCCUACUGGCGGUCUACGAGCAAAAAAACACAAGAAACGCACGGAGAGCGCGCGUGCAACGUGCUGACUUUCGAGCCAUACACGCUUUGACAAAGAGCCGAGAGGUUCUUUGUCCUGUCAAACAAACUCUACGGAUGCUCACGUUUUUUUCAGGUUGCAAGACAAACUUACGUACUUCGUACCUCUCCGUGCAUUGUCCAUACGGCCAACGUGUGUCUUUCAGAUGUUUUGCUGCUGUCGGGUUAGGGCAAAAUGUCAAUUUUUUCCGCGUAUAUCGCACUUGCGGACUCCUGUGUGUGUCGUGCGCCACAUGUGCGCCCCACAUACGGCCGAUAUUUCGUACAUCCUCCAUGUGUGUCAAGAUCGUACUCCUUCACGGUCACCCCAACUACGUUCUCCACAAAGAAAAACAAAAAACAAAAAUGCAGCGAUUUGGGGAAAACCAAAAAUCACACGGCCAAAAAAAUUGUGCGUCCGGCUUAAAGGUUCCUUCAAAAAUCCAUUUGAUUUUUGGAAAUUUCGGGUUUCGUUUGACCUUUUGGAACGGAUUAAUAACGAAAGUCAAGGUUCCCAUGUGCAACUUUUAGCUAGCAAUGUAAGCUAGUCACAAGUUGUAGCUUGCUACAUAUGCUAACUUGUCUUGUACUCUAACAAAGUAAAUGGAACAAUGUAAUGUAAAUUUAUGUUGAAUAAUUUGCUUUCAUAUAUAUAUAUAUAUAUAUAUAUAUAUAUAUAUAUAUAUACACACACAAACACAGUAUAUAUGUAUGUAUAUAUAACAUUUACAAAUGAAAUAUUUUGGUAAAUUGUAGUUGGUUGAAGUGAGAUUUACUACUCGAUGGAAAGAUUUGUGGGCUACCAAGUUAAAAAAAAAAAUGGCUAAAUUGAGUGGGGGAAUAUAAAUUUUUUUUUUUUUUUAUAAAAAUCAAACAGAAACAAUCAUAGGACAAAUGAAAAAGUCCAGGCUGUGUGUGAGCUGCGCCCUCAUCGGUUUCAAGAUACAACUUUUAGCUAGUCACAUAAGCUAAUUCGAGCUAGCUAGUCCGUAAAUCAAACCACCAACAGUACAUGUAUGGUUUCUUCACAGCAACGUAAUGUUCAUUCAUGUCGGGAUAUUAAUAUUAGCAAAGGAAAUAUUUUGGUAAACUGCAGUGGGUUGAAGUGAGAUUUACUGCUAUGCAUGAGAUGAAAAUAACGGGGCUAGCCAAUAAAAACACAAACAUGGGUAUUGAAAUUGAGUGGGGUGUAUUACAUUUUUUUUUUUUUUACAUCAAAUUACAAAAAAAACAGGCUGUGCGCUAGUUACAGUUCCUUGCAAAAUUGAGUACACCCCUCACACUUAUAGUCGUGAUUUACUGCGCUCUACCGAGAGGAACACAAACCCCUGAAAUGCGUCUCUGCGCACGCUGUAUCUUCAUGACCACUGAGUUUGAUGUCGUACGUUUGCUGUUAAGUGUAAAUAUUUGUUUUGUCGCUGUUGCCAGAAUAUGUCACUGUCGCCGGUGUCUUUCGGUCACAUGGUUUUGUCGCCAGCCGGAAGAGACCUCUGACUCACAGCUUUAACCUCACUUUGAAAACAAAUCUACCUUUUCAGACGCGUGUGAACAAUUAACAGGAUUUGCUGAGCUCAGGCACACUCCAUACCAAUUUCCACUCGUCAGCCUUUUUAGUCAAGCUUUUCGAAAGACGCGGUGAAGUCAUAGUCAUAUGACACUAAGGCUGCAUUCACACUGCAGGUCAAUUCAAUUUUUUUUUUGCUCUUAUCAUCUCCCCAUUUGGUGGCCCUCGACGUAAGUGAUAUGUCCCCCGACAACAGCGCGGCUAUACCGGCGCCGCUCAAUGCUAACGAGGCAGCUAACGCCGGUGCUACCUACGUCCAACUUUUGGCAACGCAGCCCACGCCUGUGGUUUCAACACAUCAAAGCCCAAUUCCGACUGCGAGGAAUAACGCAGGAUGUGACAAGUAUUUCCACGUCGUGGCCGCGCUGCACCUCCACUUUCUCUCACACCGCAGGAACGGCAUGACCGCCAAUUUUAGCGGUUUUGAAACUGUGGCGUUUUCAUAUCGUGGUAUCCCUUGAAACCGGGACCAGUGUGACCAGUUCCAUUCGAUAUCCGAUAUGUACCCGAUCUACUGCGGUCUCUGAGGUCGCACAUAUCCGAUCUAUACGUCAUGGAAAGGCGUGUUUGGCCGUGCUUACCGAGACUUGGAUAAAAGCUACUCACCGAUGUAGGCGAGUUAUUCCUGUCAUCAGUGCCCCGCCGCUGCACCACUGGUCCAAGACUUCUUUAGUACAAAAGGAGUACGCAGUAUUACUCAAGUGGACUUCCUCUAGGUUGUUUGGAUGAACAGGUCCUUCUGAUCAUAUUUAGGUGAGUAAAGUCUCGCAGGUCUUAACAAGUGCAACAAAUGGACAUGAGGGGAAGCAGCUGUAAAAGUGGAGGGUCCUGGGUGAGUUGCCCUCGCCCCUGACUUAGAAGUCUCAACUUCAACUGGGGAGACUUAGUCCUUUAAACGGGGCAGUCAGGCGGGAGGUGUGCACACUUAAAAGAGAUGAAGCGCGGCCUUGCACCCCUGGGGUAACUAGCGUUUAAACAUCCACCCACACGCUCCUUGGGACAGACGUCGCAGUACGUUCUCCAGAAACUGACACAACCAAAAGCCUCUCCCUCUUUCUUCUUAAUCUUAAUCAUUUGGCUUGGAAAAUGUUGACUGCCGCUGCACAAAAUAUUCACAAAAUAGACACAAAUCGAGGCAGUGCUUACUUCUGUAAACACACGUCGACGUGUGUGACGUUGUGCUUUUGCGCAUUUGCGGCACCUCGGCAAGUCGCAUUUUUUUGGGGGCAACAUGAACGACCACAUUAAAAAAAACGGAUUUUCACAAAAAAUCCGAAUUGGGCGUCAUAACCUGCAAUGCAGAUCAGUUCCGAUGUUUUUUUG